GUGUUCGUAAGAAGCCUUCAUCUCCAAAUAGGAUGACCAGCCGAAUCGGUGGAGAAACUGUGCCUCGUUGUCGCGUAUGGUUUCGAACGACCCGUUGUUAGUUCCCUGGCGUUUGUUUGGUGCUGUUCAGUUGUUUCUAAGGAUAUUUAUAGGAAGCAAAGAAAGAAAAACACACCAACUGCUUUUCAAGUGGAUUUCCAAUGGAUAUUCCAAUCUGAGGAGGUGCGCGAAAGCACGGUAGGCGUAGACCAGUAGUCACGGAGCCUGCAGUGCCAGCAUGAUUCUGGAGGCCUGGCUGCUGUCCCUCACCUUCCUGCAGGUGACGGGAGCCGGCUUCCCGGAAGACACCGAGCCCAUAAGCAUCUCCCAUGGCAACUAUACGAGGCAAUAUCCUGUUUUUGUUGGCCAUAAACCGGGCAAAAACAGCACACAACGACAUAAACUGGACAUCCAGCUGAUUGUUAUCAUGAAUCGGACACUUUACAUUGCAGCAAGGGAUCACAUUUAUUCAGUGGAGGUGGACACAGCCAACAGUGAGGAGAUCUAUUUCAGCAAGAAACUCACCUGGAAGUCCAGGCAAGCGGAUGUGGACACCUGUCGGAUGAAAGGGAAGCACAAGGAUGAGUGUCACAACUUCAUCAAGGUGCUUCUGCAACAGAACGAAGACACGCUAUUUGUUUGCGGAACCAACGCGUUCAACCCUUCCUGCCGCACCUACACGAUGGAUGCCCUGGAUGCCCUUGGGGAGGAGAUUAGUGGGAUGGCGCGCUGCCCCUACGAUGCCAAGCAUGCCAACGUUGCCUUGUUUGCUGAUGGAAAGCUUUACUCAGCCACAGUGACGGACUUCUUGGCCAUUGAUGCUGUCAUCUAUCGUAGCCUAGGAGACAGCCCAACGCUGCGCACCGUCAAACACGACUCCAAAUGGCUUAAAGAGCCCUUCUUCGUUCAGGCGGUUGACUACGGAGACUUCAUCUACUUCUUCUUCCGGGAGAUUGCCAUGGAGUACAACAGCAUGGGGAAGGUGGUGUUUCCACGGGUGGCCAGGGUGUGUAAGAACGACCGCGGCGGCUCUCAGCGUGUUCUGGAGAAGCAGUGGACCUCCUUCCUGAAGACGCGUCUGAACUGCUCCAUCCCCGGCGACUCGCACUUCUACUUCAACAUCCUGCAGGCCGUCACCAACGUCGUCCACGUCAGCGGCCGGGAUGUAGUCAUGGCAACCUUCUCCACGCCGUACAACAGCAUCCCUGGCUCAGCAGUGUGUGUGUAUGACAUGGCGGAUGUGGCAGCUGCCUUCACCGGCCGCUUCAAAGAGCAGAAGUCUCCCGACUCCACCUGGACUCCUGUGCCGGAGGACAAGGUCCCCAAACCGAGACCGGGCUUUUGUGCUGACACACCUCUGACGGAGCGGUACAAGGUGUCCAACGAGUUCCCCGACGACACCCUGAACUUCAUCAAGAUGCACCCUCUUAUGGACGAGGCUGUGGCCUCCAUUGGCCAUCGGCCCUGGUUUCUGAAGACGAUGGUGCGGUAUCGGCUGACGCGUAUUGCGGUGGACAGCGCGGCCGGUCCCUAUGGUAACCAAACGGUGGUGUUCCUAGGCUCCGAGAGAGGCAUCAUCCUCAAGUUCCUGGCCAAGAUGACCAACGGCCUGCUCAACGACAGCCUCUUCCUGGAGGAGCUCAGCGUCUACAACCCUGAAAAGUGCAGUGUGGACGGCGUGGAGGACAAGCGCAUCAUCAGCAUGCAGAUUGACAGCAGCAGCCACUCGCUCUUCGUGGCCUUCACCUCCUGCGUCGUCAAGGUGCCGCUCUCACGCUGCCAGCGCCACGGGAAGUGCAAGAAAUCAUGCAUCGCCUCCAGGGAUCCGUAUUGUGGCUGGGUAUCUGACGGAGGUUGCAAGCCACUGAUGCUUAAUACAAAAUGGGCGUUUGAGCAGGACGUGGAGCAGGGAAACACAGAUGGACUGGGAGACUGCCAAAACUCUUUUGUGGCUCUGAAUGGCGGCCCCACCCUCCCCAUGCUCACCACCGCCCUGGCCCCCGCUGCCGGACCGCUGGGCCGAGGGGGGAUGGUCCGCGCGGCGCCGGCCGAGGAGGAGCUGGAUAAGACGGACCCCUACAUGGCCGUGGCCCCCUCUCAGACACAGCAGGACUCCAUUGGUGUGAUCCGCGAGAGCUACCAGAAGGAGCGCGACCAGAUGGUUCCCGUCACCCUGCUGGCCAUCGCCGUCAUCCUGGCCUUCGUCAUGGGCGCCGUCUUCUCUGGCCUGGUGGUGUACUGCGUGUGCGACCAGCGCCGACGCCACUUCGAGACCUCCUCUUCCUCCUCGUCCCGCCACGAGAAGGACCUGGCGCACUCGCGCCGCGGCUCCAUGAACAGCGUCACCAAGAUGACGGGCCUCUUCGAGACGGGCGGCGGUUCGGGCAAAGACCCGCGGGCGGCCGAGGCCAUCCUCACGCCGCUCAUGCACAACGGGCGCCUGGCCGGCAAGAUGCUCAUCAAGGCCGACCAGCACCUGGACCUGUCGGCCCUGCCCACGCCCGAGGCCACGCCCAUGCAGCCCCGGCGCAAGCCCAGCAGGGGGAGCCGUGAGUGGGAGCGCAACCAGAACCUGAUCAACGCCUGCGCCAAGGACCUCAGCGCACACGGCCUCGGCUCGCCCACAGUCAUCCCCACGGACCUGCCGCUGCGCUCCUCCCCCGGGCACAUCCCCAGCGUGGUGGUGCUGCCACUGCCGCUGCCCCAGCACCAGCUCCAGCUCCAGGCCUACGGGCACGAGUACGUGGAGCAGCCCGGUGGGGGGCACCGCGAGCUGGGCCCGAUGGACAUAGACCAGGGAGCCACGCUGGAGUACAAGACCAUGAAGAGCCCCCACAAUGGCAUCAUGCUGGUGGAGGACGACGACAGGGACGGCAGCGGUGGGGGCGGCGGCAUAGGCAGCAUGGGCGGCAUGGGCAUCCUGCAGCUGCCUCCUCGGGUGCCCCAGCGCGAGGCCUCCCUGGUGGUGUCCAUGCCCCCGGCGGUGCCUCAGAUGGGGAAGCGGGUGGAGGCGCACCACGGCCACGAGCACCACCGACGGGGCUACGGCCUCAAGACCUCCUCCACCGCCACCUCCGCUGCCGCCGCGGCGCUCAAGCGCAGCCACCACAACACCAACUCCUCCAACUCCUCGCACCUGUCCCGCCACCACAGCUUCUCGCAGCGCGCCGAGACCCCCCCGCCGGCGCCCCAGCGCGUGGACUCCAUCCUCAUGACGACGCUGUCGCAGGCGGCGGGAGGGAGCGCGUACGGGUCGCUGCCCCGCUGCGGAGCCAGGCUGUUCAAGCCCGACGUCCCCCCCAAACCCUCCCCGUCCUCUCUCUCCUCGUCGUCACGAGUCAAGUCGCCCAGUGGUGACUGCUACACAUAAGGGGACCACAGCCUGCUGUUAUACUCGUCCUCCUCCUCCACAUUCACCCUCCUCCUCCUUCUAUUCCUCCUCUUUCACUCCUGGACACUCCUCCUGAACGACUGCCCAACCUUGCAACACACUCCAGAGAAGAACAAAAUAAUUGAAAAAAAUAAUCAGAAAUAACAGCUGCAAAAAAAAAAAACAGGGAAACACAUGCCCUGUAACGAAACAUACUGACUUUUGUACAUUUUCUGUACAGUGAAAAAGCAGCACUUCUGUGAAACAAAAAGAGAUUGAAAAGAUUUCUAUAUAUAAAUAACAACACGUUGCAGGAAUGGGCUGGGUUCUGGCUCCCAUGGUUCUGGAAUGAGGAGCUGCUGGAGAAGAAGAAAAAAAUCAACAGAAACUUGAUUGACUGUCCUUAGUGUGUUGUCAUAACAACAGCAGAAGAACAAAGUCUGCUGGAGGAGACUCGGCCCCUUUAACAUUCACAUGGGGCUUCAUCAAGCUGAGGCCUGUGACGUUACCAGACUUCAGUUUGCGAGGGGUGACCAAGAUUUGGUUCGGGGAGGGGGGGGCUGGUCUGUCAGAAAAGAAAAAGCACAUGAGACACCAGACAAGAGGAGCAGUUGUAUAUUUGUGAAAGGGCACAGAUGCCCUCUUGAGCACUUGGGAUUUUAAAAAAUAAAUUCCGACUGACUGGAACAACAGCGUUUACACCGCAUAAAAACGAAACUUGCAAGAGAGAAGAAUAAUAAGUCUGAAUUGAACUGUGAAAAUUCACUUAAGUGUUACAGCCUACUGGGUGCAGCUAUCAAGGAGGUGGCGAUGAGGAUGGCCUCAAAAAUGUAGGAUUUCUUGACAAGGACAGUCUCAAAAAUCUCUACUCUACUGUACUGGUAACUCAAUAACACCUGACUGUUAAUACUAAUAGCUGGUUGUAUUUAUUUUUAAUAAGUGCUUUCAAAGAAAGACUUAAUCUUUUUAGGCUGAAGAAAUCUUUUUUAAUUAUUAUUUGAAUUAAUCAAUUGUAAAAUUAUUUAAAAAGUCAUUAAACUGGAGCCAGUACAGGUCUUUUUUUUUCAUUGUUUUUGAUGUAUAAUAAGAGGUUCACUAACAUUUUUUUGGCGCUUAAGAGAACUGGACGGUUAGUGACACUCUGAUUCCCCCACUUUGUUUGUGAGGGUGUAUAUUUAUUUACUUGUGCCAGAGACAAGACUAGUCAUGGAGCCUGUUUGCUCAGUGUUUUGGACAGAUAAACGAAUCAAUUUGAAAAAAAAAAAUAUUUAAAAACAAAUCUCAGAAACAAACUUACCCAAACGUCCUGUGAGGCCAAUAGAAAAGCAAGUUGUUUUGGCAUGGCACAGGUUCCUCAUCUUACCUGGGGGUUGAGUGAGCUGGCUUUCAUGUGACCACUGGCCUUUCUGUGCAUUGCAAGGCAAAAUGUGUUGCAUGUGAAAGUGCAAAGGAAAUUCUCCUCCUCCCCCACACUACCACUCUUCAGAUUCACACAUACAGAGAAACACAUUUACAGUGUGACUGCUUGAAUUCAUUGUCAUAAUGUUGAAAGCACUCAAGGUUUUUUGAUAUGGAUUAUUUUUCUGCUGUUGUAGUUAUUAUAUCAUACACCGCCCAUAACUCUCAACUCUUAUCUCGGUUCAGUCUGUGACAUCACUUCCUGUUUGUCUCCACGUGUAAAUUUGUGCCUUACACUCUCUGCGUAGUGAAGACUUUGAUUUGUUUUUUUCUUUUUGUAUUCCUGUCUUGUUUUGUCGGUCUAACCAUUUCCCUUGUAGAUUUCAUUGAUGACAAUUCCUUUGGGUUUUUUUUAAGAAAAGAAAAAGAAAAGUGAAAGAAUGUAGGUGUUCUUGUUAACUCUGGUCCUGUUUGAAUUAGAGUGGUGUGAUGGGGUUCAAGAGAAAGGGGGCGGGGGGGGGGAGACGGGGUUCUCACGGCCUCGUGUUUUUGCUCUGUGGUUUAUCUUUCUGAUUGUGCCAACGACAUCCAGUCAACUGUGUUUUUAUUUCAUUUUGGCCACUCAGUGUCAACACACUUUUUUUUAUUCAUUUAUAUUUUUCUAAUUGUGUCUGUGUGUGUGUGUGUGUGUGUGUUUUUAAACGUAACUCUGUAAGUUGCUGUUUUUUUUUACCUUCAAUUUUCCGACACUUUUAAAAGUUCUGUGUUACUUUUGGAGAGUCUCCCAGCCUUUGAAGUUGAAUGGUCCACUACAUUACAGUCAAAAAAAGGAGGACAAUUGCUGUAGAAAAUUUCUGUUGGACUUUAUUCUCCACAGUGACAUUAGUGAUUUGGCUGAGCAAGGGGAUCGUCGCUAGUCAUUUUAGACGCUGAAGAAUGAUGUGCAUUUUCAGUCUUUUCAAGUAACGAUUUCUUAUUCAAACAGCAUAAGAUUUACAUUGACAUUAAAGUUUAAGUGAAGUUUGGUUUUCCCUCUCCCUCCUCUGUACUGUAUAUCUUACAAUCACCACUCCCUCUCCUUUACAGCACAUCUUCAAUUUGUACAAGUAAUAUCCAAUUUCUAGACAGUUAAACACAGGCUGGUUCCUGUUCCAGGUUAUGGAGAUCAUAUUAAAGAGACAAUUGUAAAUCCCCCCCAUUUUGGAGAAGUAACCUUUCAGCUAUAUGUUUGUGGCCUAUGUAUUUGAAACUGAUUGUGUUUCAUCCUGUGAGUCGAGUCCUGAAGCUGUGUUGAUUGUGUUGACCACUUGUACUUCUCUUCACUUAUUGAAAGCCAGCACAUUGUUUAGUGGUGUUGAUUAUUAUAGUACAGUGUUGUAAAAGAAAAUCUCCAUGUCAUCAUCAUCCGUUACUCAACUACAUUUGUUUUUUAAGUCUUCAAAUUAUAAGUCUUUCACUCAGGUUGUGUCCAAAGUGUUCAUUCUUUCUCCGUGUAUACUGUACAGCGUACACAUUUGAAGGGUGCUCACAGAACCCACUGAUGAAUCAUGGAGGAACCUACAAGUUCUCGGAGGAAACUUAAGUGUUCUCUGAAGAAGCUACAACUUCUGGGGAGAACCUCAAGGUUUCUUAGAGAACCGUUCUGGGUUUUCUUUUGAUGAAAAGGUUCCUCGAAGAGCCUUUGGCUUCCUGGGCUCUCUGUGGAAUCAUCAAGAAACCCUUGGGGAACCAAUUUGUCACAUGCUUUACAGGUUCCUCUGAGAACUUAGGGGUAUACUAAGAAGCUGGUUCAGGAGUAACCCAGGUUAAGCCGUAAAUCAUCUAAUAGAAGAGCCUGAUGUCCUCCUGAACCAGCUUCAUAGUAAAGGCCCCUUGUUGGGCAAAAAAAAUGGCAAACUGUUCUUAAGGAAACUUCUGUUCUUUUUUUACAGUGUAGUGUAUAACAAAGGGUGUGAGUAACACUGUUCUGUUAACUUACUUGGUGCAGUAUGCUUUUGAACAAAUGAACAUUUUGGAUUUGACCUCGGCCUCUAAUGAAGCUGUAGGAUCUCCCUUUGUCAUUAGGCAUGCAUUAUGUGCGAGUGUAUGUGUCCACAAUUUUUUUUUAAAUGGUGUAUCAAAUACAUUAUUUCCAUCGGCUUUGUUGCAGUUUUGAACUACUGUACUGUGCAUUGAAGGCAUAUGUCUAUAAUAGCCCUGCGAUAAUAAACUGCAGCGUUUGUGAUGUAAGCAGCGUCUUACACAGCGUCUCAAUGUCAUGCAAUGUGAGUAAGCAUUUCCGAUCAAAUAAGUUCAGUGACUUUACAGUACAUUUUUAUGAAAUGAAAUAUGAAUGUACAGAGUCACUCGUGUCAUUUGCCUAGGUUUUGUAUUUUCAUUUUUGUUGCUCACAUUGAAAUGGAGGAGACUUAAAUGACAAGAUAAACACGUUCAUGGGUGUCUACAAAGAGUGUCCGAUUGAUUUUACAGUUGGUCACAUCGCCUGUAGUUAGGACACCGUGUUAAGAAGGAAUUCACUCUUUCCUCUAGGUCUGUAUAGUCUAGUCUCUUUUAGGCAGUGGCCUAAUUCCACCAUGGGGGGUGGCUGGUUUCUGUAGUCCAUAGUGCAGAGCUUUUCCAUUCUGCUUACAGUAUAGUGGGAGAGGAAGGCUAUUUAGUGGACCAGAGCUUUCUGUGCUGUGCCUUCGUAUGUCUCGCCCCGGCCCUCUCUAUGUUACACUGCUUAGAUGACCCCAGAGCUUCUUCAACGACACAUUUGUUAAACCCACAAAUUUGGGGCCACCAGAACUUUUCAGUCAUUGAAAUGCAGAGGUGAACAAACCAGCUUGAGAAACAUCCUGCCACUUAUUCCUCUGUUUGUGCUUCUAACACGGAUAAAAAAAAAAUAGCCCAUCUACCUGAAGGGUGUUAUUUAGGAUCAGCUGGUUCACUUAACUGACUUCAUCCAUAUGUGACAUGACUUAAGCUUUCCGAAUGUGGUAUGUCAGACUGUGGUGAAAUGCGAAGUAGCAAAGGCUCACAAUCAUAGCUGUUGUAUUUGUGAGUCUGUUCAAAACGGUGUGAAAGCUCCUGUUUCUCAAGUCAGUUCCACGCCUGUGUGAGAGAACCAUUGUUUCUUGUUCUCCAUUUUUUUUCUUAUUUCUGUUUGUUCUUUUUUUGUAAAAUUGUAAAAAAAAUAUUGUUGUCACCAGGUUUUUCUUGCCGUCCACUUCCUUAACAUAUGAUUCACAACUAAAUGUAUGAUGUAAAGAAAAGUCUUUAAUAAAUAAAAAGGU